AUGGAGCUGAGGUGUCACUGUGCCACUACAGAUGGCAUUCAGGGGGCUGCCGACAUCAGUGCCAAUCAGUGCCGAACGGUGUUUGCUGGAUCCCAGUUAAAUGUGCAGACCCAAGAGAAUGGAAACACCUCCCAGGGAUUGGAGUUGAGGAGAGGUGUUCGUGAAACCGACACACGCUGCUCAGAAGGAUUCUAUCCUGGGGGCAACUUUUGCUGUCAACCAUGCCAACCUGGUGAAUGGAAAGUUUCUGACUGCACAUUCAAUGAGGGUAAACCAAGCUGCCGUCCGUGCACAGAAGGGAAGGAGUACAUGGACGGGAAACAUUAUUCUGAUAAGUGCAAAAGAUGUGGACUUUGUGAUGGAGAGCAUGGUUUAGAAGUGGAAACAAACUGCACCCGGACCCAGAAUACCAAGUGCAAAUGCAAGGAAAACUUCUAUUGCAAUGCAUCUGUCUGUGAACACUGUGAACAAUGCAUCUCGUGUGAACAUGGAAUCCUUGAACCGUGCACAAAAACCAGCAAUACCAAAUGCAAGGAGAAAGAUUCCAGAACUCAUCUCCUGUGGCUGUUGAUCAUCCCCAUUUCUUUGGUCAUAAUACUGUAUGGUAAGUCCUCAAUCUGUUUGAACUUGUUGUGGAAAAAGUACUAUAAAAAACGUCAUGACAACCCUGAAUUUGGAAUCUGGAAUCCUUCUUCCCAGGAAAGUGUGCCAAUAAAUGUAUCAGCGACGGCAAUCCCACUUAGAAAGACAUUUCCAGAGACCUGUUUUCUGUUUUUUUCAGAUGUUGAUUUGAGUAUACACAUCCCGAGUAUUGCUGAGCAAAUGACAAUAAAUGAAGUUAAAAAAUUUGCUCGGGUGAAUAAGAUUCCUGAAGCGAAGAUCGAUGAGAUCAAGAAUGACCACAUGCAAAAUACAGCUGAGCAGAAGAUACAGCUGCUCCGGUCCUGGUAUCAGUCUCAUGGGAAGAAGGAUGCAUACCGUGCUUUAGUUAAAGGUCUCAAGGAAGCCAACUGCUCCAGUGUGGUGGAAGGAAUUCGGACCAUGAUCCAGGAGCAUCCUGAAAGCUCAUGUUCAGACGUCAGAAAUGAGAGCGAAAGACAAAAUCUUGGGUGA